AUGAAUCUAAAGGAUUUACUUCAUAAUGAAAUUAUAAUAUUUAAAAUAACUGAAUUUUUGAAUAUUGUAGAAGUUCAAAAUUUAAUUAUAUCAUUGAGAAUUAAUGUAAAAACAAAUUUUUAUUUUAUGAGAGAAUGCUUAUCAUUAUUAUAUAUACAAAAUACAGGAAAAGAUUUAGGUGAAUAUAAAAACAAAAAUGAUAGUAAUUAUGUAGAUACAUAUGAAAGUACAAAUUUAGGUAUAGACGAAGUAGAAGAAGAAACAAAUAUUAUUACAUAUGAUGAUGAAAAUGAUGAAUAUCUAUUUGAUAAAUAUAAUGGAGAAAACAUUAUUAUAGAUAAAAAAAAUGUUGAUAUUGUGAAAAAUUAUACAGAUGAUACAAAUAUUCUUGAAAAUAAUGAAAGUAUUUUACUUCAUUCUAAUAAUAAUAUGAAAAAAAGAACCAAUUUUUAUGAAAUUAACAAACAAAAUUAUAUGGCUGUUCAUGAAAUAAAAAGAAAUUUGAAUUAUGAUAAUGAAAAAGAUAAAUAUAAAGAUUUUUAUAAAUAUUGGUUAUAUCUACAUUUGAGUAACGAAAUAAUAGACAUAAAGAAGGAAUUGGAUACCUUUUUUAAUAUUAAAAAAAAUAUGCCUGUUAAUAGAAAUAAUAAAUUACAUUUUGAUAUUUUUCAAAUUUUUAAAUUUAAAGGAAAUUAUUAUUCCUUUUUUGAUGUUCCUUGGAUUUCUAUUUAUUUUGAAUAUUCUUUAAAUGCAAUUUGUUGUUUUUGUAAUAUUAAAGUGGACGUAAAUUCUACAUGUGUUUUUUCAGAAAAUUUUGAUUUAUGUGUGUCAAACAAAAAGUUAUUAAAUUAUUUUAACGAAAUUAAUGAUGAUGAUUAUAAUAAUAUUAAUGAUAGUUAUGAAAAUCAUUUUAAUAAUAUUAAUAACAAUGAAGACUAUGAAUAUACAGCAAAAAGAAGAAAAUGUAAUAAUACAUUAUAUUAUGAAAAGAAUGAUAAUGAAUUUUCAAUUAUUCGAAAAACGCAUAUAUUUUGUGAUGAUUGUGUUAAAUUACUUGAUUAUAGAUUAAAUUUAAGUACUAUAUUUGAGGCUAUAAAAAAAGAUUAUGAUUUGUUAAAAAAACUCAACAUAAUAAAUAAAACUUUUAAAUUACCAAGGAGUCUUUUUUGUAUAUGUAAUUAUUUCUUUUUUAAAGAUAAAUAUAUUACAUUCUUUAAAAAAGUUAGUAACAACUUACAAAAUCAUAGAAAGACAUUAAAGAAGAAAUUGGUAAAUAAUUUUAUAUUUUCUUUUAGUUUAAAUUUUUAUAAAUUUGUAAUUCGCCCAUUACUAUUAUGUGAUGAUAAAGGAAUAUUUUCUCAAGAGAGUAUAUUUUUAUUUGGAUUUUACAUAAAGUACAAAAAUUUAUUAAAAUUAUUUAGUAGCCCACGUAUUAUACAUAUUUAUUUUUCCUUUAAUGUUAUAUUUGAAAAAAUUAAAAAAUUGCAACAUUUUUAUAAACAUAAAUAUUUUUCAAGAUUAUCGAAAGUUUUACAUUUUGAUGUUAUAGCUAUAAUUGAAAAAUUAAAAUGUUCACAAUCAAAAAAAAUAUAUAAAGAUCUUUCUAAGCAUAUUUAUAAUUAUUUAAGUGAAGAAGUUUUAUUAAAAACUAGUUAUGAUGAAAUAUAUAAAUAUUUUUUUCAGUGCGUUCAAAAAUAUAAAUUUUCAUAA